GUUUAUAAGAUAAUACAAGACAAAAUAUUUUACCCCACGACCGCCAUUUCACUAUUUAGUGUAUUUAUGGCUUAACCAUCCGAAGUUAUAACUGUCAUUAUUGUCAUAUGUCAAUCAAAACGUUGAUAUUGACAACACAAUAAUUUAUUAUUUUAUAAAUUAUAUUCUGUUGAAAAAAUUCUUCAAAAGUGGUUGUUUAUCCUUCCGGAAGCCUUCGAAUCGAUUAUUUCCGUCCUACAUUUAAAAAAUGUAUAUUUUUAAAAGAAUGGUGUAAAUUGUAUAAAUGUUAUAUUCAUCAACAAUAUUCUAACCUGCCUUGAAAAUGUCAUACCAAUUUUCCUUGGCGAACGGAAAACAAAAACGAUUUUCUAUCGACGAUGCGUUUGAAGAAGAAACAGAUGAAGCUAUUAAAGUAUACGGAACCACUGGACCUAGAUCACCUAUUUCGAAUUCUAGAAUUAUGGCCGGCGAAGGCGAUCAUGUAACGGUUAACAUGGAAAACGGCAGAACUUACAAAAUGGCAAACGACACGUCUAGAGAUAGUGAUUCAUUGAUACAAGACUACUACGAUUAUCACAGUGAAGAGAACUUUGGCAGAUCAUGUUUGAAGCACCCAAAAGUAAAAGAAAAUUGGAGGAUGGUAUUAGCAGCUGCGACUUUGUUAAUAAUAGGUAUAGGAUUGCUCGUAACAGGUACCGUCACACUAACAGAACCCAAUUCAGGUUUGCAAGCUUCGGUGUUUUUACUAGCAGGAUUUAUUUGCUUUUUACCAGGGGCAUAUCAUAUUGUUUAUAUAUAUUUAGCUGCUAAAGGGAAACGAGGGUAUCACUUUCAUAAUUUACCUUUGUUUACCUAAGCAAUAAUACACCCUUUCAUAAUUUUAAGGGGGUAAAACAUCCGUUUGUUAUUGCUAGGUUAGAUCUUAGCACCUAUUACAAAAUAAUGAAAUUUUUUUGUAAGAUUGAAUGUUACCAGAAUGAAGUAUCGUAAAAGAAAAUUAUUUGUCACCAAAUUGAUAUUUUGAGACUUUUUUGUUAUUUGAUGUGUAUACAUUUUACACAAUAAAAAUAUUUGUAUAAAAUGAGUGAAAUGGGGUCUGAGAUAAUAUUUUUACCCACCUUUGACUUGGAGUAAUUAAAAAAAGUUCCGUGGUUUGAAUUUCAUUUUAAUAUGUGGUAGAUAAUUAGAUUCUUUACAAAAUAAAAUAUUUAUGAUAUUAAAUUAGGUUCUUAUUUUUCUUAUUUAACUUUCAAUGUGAUUUUCCUGCAAUGAAAUUGAUAUAUGAACAAUUAUGUUUGAAUUUAUAAUAGAAAACUUCAAAUGAAUCAUAAACUGAUUAAUCGAGUUUCUAAUGAUAAUUUCAUAUAUUUUGGUAUCGAUAUAGGUUUUAGACAAUAUUCACUUGACAAUGACAAUCCAAAAAUUAUAUUACAAACAUCCUGUACAUACAUUGUACUUCAUCUGAUAUGAUCUAGCAAUUCACACAAAAUGCUUAGUACCUUCCUUCUUCUUAACUAUUUCUUCAAUUUGUUUCUACUUCUCUUCAUUCCUUUGCUACUUCUCUUCAUUCAUUCAUCUUUUACCUGGGUUUACAUAUCUCCAUUACUUGAUUGAAAAUUUUCUUUUUAGACCUCAGACAAGGAACUUAAAGGUUAAUUUUCAUUUUUCGAAAUGAUCAUUUCAUCUAGAUAAAAGUAUGUUUAAAAGUGCAGCAAUUACAUCAAAAUUUUUACAAAUUUAUUAAAAGUUUCAGUGUUCAGAGAAUAAUGUACUUAGAAUGGAAACUGUAUCUUUGGGGGUAUCUGUGGUUAUUUAAAAAUGGUUGUAAAUUAUGAAAAAUCAAGUAUAUUAUCCAAAAAAUUGUAACUUGGCUUUAUACAUCAAAAUUGCUUAAUUUUUUCCAAACACUUUCAUAAUUUAUACACAAUUCUUUGAAUAUUUGCUUAGAUAGUGUGAUUUUGUAUAUCUGCAAUUUUAUUAUACAGUGUGGAAACCUCUUGUUGGAAACAACUAUUUUUAUUAAUAUUAUCAAAAAUUCUAAUACGCUACUUCAAAUUAAACAUUGUGCAGCUUACAGUUAACUGUACAGUACCUUAGGAGCGCUGAUUAAGAAGGAUCCAGGGAAUCUGAUUGGGUCACCUAUCUACAAAGAUAGAAAGCAGUGGCAACCUGUAGAUCAAAUAAAAAAAAUGAUGGAUACAAGCUUAUCAUUUGAAGUAGUUUACAAUAACUGCCAAUUAUGGGUCGAUAAAGACCUUCCGUAAGCUUGAAAAGCACCUCAUCCAGUAUACAGAUGAUUCGAAGCUAGUGCAAGAAGCUGCAUUGGGCAUUUUUGGGUCAAACUAAUGCCAUUAAGAAAAGCACUCGCUGUUUUAAGUCAGAUUUGCUAAUAAUUAAGCUCUGAAGGCUAUUAAGUGUGCCAAAAAGAUAUAUGCCUUUUGAGGGUAUUGAGUGUCUUAUACAAUGGGGAUUCUCCACCGGUCAAUAUCGGUUUACCUUCCUAUUCAAUGUGAUUGUUGAUAGUCCAGCUUAUUCAAUCUUUAGCAGAAUUAUAAUUUUCUAAAAAGGUUACGAACAAUUUUAUUUCUGGGUUUCGCACUGUAUAUAUAAGAAACGAUUUUUUAAUUAGAAUUAGGGGAUAAAUUACUCGAAUAGUUAGGGGUUUUUAAAAUUUUUAGUAGUGCAUGUAUUUUCAGAUAGUUAUGGAAAUAUUGUUAUAAAAGUAUCGAUUUAAAGAUUAUUUGUGAUCAAUAAUAAUUACAGAAGCUUCUUGGGGAUUAAAUUUCAGUUUCGAUACUCAAAAGUUUGUUCGGUAUUAAAUAUUGCCACUAGUAAUUUUUUUAACAAUAUUUUCAGUAAUUUUGGUAUGAAAAAUUAUUUAAUGAAACUAUUGUGGUAAUUGGGGGGUGAAACUGAAACUUCUUGAUUAUUUUUUUGCAAAAAAUAUUCCAAUGGAGUUUUCGAAUCACCAAAUUUAUUAUUGUUCUGGUGCAAAUGGAUUUUUGUUUUUUAUUUUUUUUUAAGUUUUGCACGUUUUUAUGAUUGUUUUUUUUACAAAUUAUUGAAAAUAGUUUAAAGCAGAUAUAUAUGUGCCAUUUAUUUAUUAGAAUAUGUUCAACACAUAAAAGUGGAACUUAAAAAAAUUGAUUAUUUUAAAAUUUUUCCAAAAUAUUCUGUUUUUUGUGGCUAAUUUCAUUUAGUAUUCCAAUAAUCCAAGAUCUAAGAAAGUUUAUCUACUUAAAUUUCGAUUUUUUUAUAACUUCACGAAUUAUAACCUAAAAAAAAUAUUAAUUUUCAUUCACACACUUUUGCAGCAUAUAAAGGGUAAAAUGACACGAUCUUGAUGGCCAAUUGACAGAAUUAAAACUCGAAAUUAUUUUUUUUUAUUGAUUUCAUCCUGUUCGAACAAAUUUGAUAGCUUUGUUCGUAGGUUAAAUUCCGAAUUAGUUUAGGGACUAAUUUGGAAACGCGCAUGCGUUCGGUCCCUAAACUGAUUCAGAAGUGGACCAGCGAACAAAGCCAAUAAUUUCCGAGCAUUGUCGUUGUUAUGACGUGUAUAUUAUAAAAUGGCAAGUUCAUCACAAACUUCAACUGUCUUAAAAAAAAACAGCGUUGCCAAUUCAAACACGUUAAUUUCCCCAACUUUCCAAUUUAUCUAUGUCUAAAUAGUAAUUGUUCAUUCUGAAUUCUUUUUUUUGCGACAUAUGUGUUUUUGAAACACAUUUGAAAUUUUUACGUGGUGCAAUAAAUGGAACUCUCCUAAUUUAUUAAUCGAUAUAGAAUUAUACGGACCGACUGCUUAAAAGUAAUAUACAUAUAGUGUCGACUGGAUUUGUUGUGAAAUUUUAUUUAUUUUUUAUAUAAGUUAUGCAAUAAAUGGUUGAUUUUUGGAAAGCUUUAAAUUUUUUUAGGUAAGCUAAAAUAUAAAUACUUUUAUAUUGUAUAUUCAAAAAAUAAAUUCAAUUUAGAUUC